GGAGAAACUGGAGUUCAAGGAUUCCCAGGCUUGCCAGGAGAUCCUGGUCCCAAAGGAGACAAGGGUGAUUCUGGAGUGGGCAAACCUGGUCCCCCCGGACCUCCUGGACCACCGGGUAGACCCAACUCAUCCAGAUCCCCGGAUGGUGUGGACGGCUCAGGCUUUGAGUACUUUGACGGAGACACAGAGAUUAUGACAGGUCCACCUGGUCCUCCAGGGCUUCCUGGGCCCCCAGGUUCAUCUGAGGGCCUAUCUGCGUCCCCUGGGGCUCCCGGGGAAAACGGGAAGGAUGGAGAGAUGGGUAAACCUGGACUGCCU